AUGCAAAUUUGCAAUGCUGUCAUUUAUCACAUCAAAUGCGUAUAUGCCUCUAGCAAUGCGAGGAGGUGGAGGUAUGCCAUUCAGCACGCAGUUCCCGGCCCCACAUCAUGUUGGAAUAAGGGCUUUCGGAGAUAUCAUCCAAACAUCUUGAACAACGAUGGCCACGCAGGAACGGAUGGAUGGGCGGAGGAAGAAGAGCAAGAAACUGGUGAAAGAGAGAUGUCCACUCAAGACCGCAUACUGUACUAUGCGAUACAUGUACAGCAUUUUGGCUUAUCGGAGCGCCAGUCGAAGAAAGUCGCGGACGAAAUGAUCGACGAUGGGGCAGUAACAGGAGGCGACGACGACCUAUUCAUUGCUGAUGAGUGA